AUGGAAGUGAAAAAGAAAUCCGUCACAACAACAUUACUGCUACAGGAAUUACCAAAUCUACAUGAUGAUGAUGAUGAUGACAGUAGCGAAAAAAGCGAUCAAUGGGAAAUUAAUCAUUUAGUUGGCAUCAAUAAGAUGGUUGGUUGGAAAAAAUAUGCGCGAAUAAUUUUGCCUCACAUCGGUCUCAUUAUUUUGUCAUUGUUGUAUGCCAUUGGUGGUGCACUUGCAUUCUAUCAUUUGGAACGACCUAAUGAAAUUGCUGUGAGACGUGAAAGCUUGAAAGAUAUUUCUGCUCAAAGAAAAUUGAUGCUUGACGAAUUAUGGAUUAUGCUGAAUGAUGAAUCAAUCUCAGAUGGUAUAUGCAGUAUUUAUAAUCAAUCAUCUUUACAAGCGCAACUGACAUCAUCCUUAGCUUUUGUUAUGCGCAGUCAUUGUUAUCAGAGUGUGUUAUCACGUCAACUGCUUUCUUUUAUCUUGUUCGCUUCUAUCGCACUGUGCACUUUGUUUUGGCCUACGACAACAGCUUAUGAAUUAAAUUACUAUUUGGACAAGUAUGCAAGGGAUACGAUACAGUCGAUACAUGCAAAUUUCUCACUUCGACUUUUAUCAAAUGCCGCUGAUGAAGAACUUAAUGCAGUGCUGUCACCACUAUCACUGGCGAUAACGUUAUCACUCACCAGUGCUGCUGCAAGUGGUAUUACUAAGUUGCAGAUAAACGAUGUUUUCGCGAAAGGUUUCAGUUAUAAUACGGUACAGAAGUAUUAUUCAUUACUAGCCAACAGAUUACUACCAGGAAAUAAUGGUACGAUAGUUGCACCUGGUCUCUUGGUAGUUCUACAUCUAUGUGGUCGUGGUACUUUAAGCAAUGCUAUGAUAGACAUCGCACGGGAUUAUAUGGCUGAUGUACUGCAAUUUGAUUGCAAAAACAGAUCGGCCACUGCCACAUUUAUCAAUCAGUGGAUUGCAAACCAAACGAAAUCAGAGUUUAAAAUCUUUACAAGAAAUGUUUAUAAUGCAGAUUGGCAUUUCAUGCUCGUCGAUAGCUUUUAUUUGAAUGCUGCUUGGCAUUAUCCAUUUGAUGAGAGAAGGACAACUGCGAAGGAUUUCUAUGUAAAUGAACACACUGUCACUCAGGUGGAAAUGAUGUCCAUGUGGGCAUUUGAUAAAUUUAAAUACACCGAAGAUGCUGAUGUACAGGUUCUCGGUCUUCCUUAUCAAGUAGAUUCAAACCUUUUCCUUUACAUAUUUUUACCACGAGAGAAAUUUGCGUUAAGAAGUGUUGUGCGCGAAUUGACUGGGCGUCGUCUCCUGUUUUUGAUUGCAAGAUGUAAAAUAGUGGAUAUUGAGGUUGAAAUACCUCGAUUUUCGAUAGAAAAUCAUUUUGAAUUGAAUUUGCCAUUGGCAAAUCUUGGAAUAGUGGAAGCAUUUACCAGUCGAGCUGAUUUUCCGGCUAUUUCACUUCAGAAAAUGCAUGUCUCGACGCUCAUUCAAAAGACACAAUUUGAGAUUAAUGAGAAAGGUUCGUACCCGAUAAACAGCACUCAUGAAAUAAUAAGCGACGAGUUAACUGUUCUGUGGCAAGGUGGACACAUCAAAUUCAUUGCCAAUCAUCCAUUUAUGUUCGUCAUCACAAAAAUUGACCAAAUGAUCCUCAUCGGACACUAUUUCAGUUGA